ACAUGGAGGGAGGGAGGACAAGGAGUCACACAGACACAGAGCAAGGGCGGCCAGGAGGAGACCCUGGUGGGAGGAAGACACUGGAGAGAGAGGGGGCUGGGCAGAGAUGAAGUUCCAGGGGUCCCUGGCCUGCCUCCUGCUGGCCCUCUGCCUGGGCAGUGGGGAGGCUGGCCCCCUGCAGAGUGGAGGGGAAGACACUGUGGCAAAUGUUGGGGAAGCCAUUGGACAUGGCAUGGGAGAUGCCCUGAGCCAAGGGGUUGGACAGGCCAUUGGCAAAGGGGCCGGAGAGGCAGCCAGCUCUGGAGUCAGUGAGGCCCUUGGCCAAGGGACCAGAGAAGCCAUCAGCACUGGAGUCAGGCAGAUUCCCGGCUCCGGCACAGCAGAUGCUUUGGGCAACAGGGUGGGGGAAGCAGCACACGCCCUGGGAAACACUGGGCAUGAAAUUGGCAGACAGGCUGAGGAUAUCAUUCGACACGGAGCAGAUGCCGUCCGCGGCUCCUGGCAGGGGGUGCCUGGCCACAACGGUGCUUGGGAAACUUCUGGAGGCCAUGGCAUCUUUGGCUCUCAAGGUGGCCUUGGAAGCCAGGGCCAGGGCAAUUCUGGAGGUCUGGGGACUCCAUGGGGCCAGGGAUACCCCGGAAGCUCAACAGGCAGCUUUGGAACCAAUCCUCAGGGAGCCUCCUGGGUUCACGGAGGCAAUGGAGGGCCACCAAACUUUGGGACCAACACUCAGGGAGCUGUGGCCCAGCCUGGCUACGGUUCAGUGAGAGGCGGCAACCCGAAUUCAGGGUGCACUAACCCCCCACCAUCUGGCUCGGGUGGAGGCUCCAGCAACUCUGGGGGAGGCAGCAGCUCAGAGUCGGGCGGCAGUGGCAGCAAUGGUGGCAGCAAUGGUGGCAGCAGUGGCAAUGGCAGUGGCAGCAACAGUGGUGGCAGCAGUGGCAACGGCAGUGGCAGCAACAGUGGUGGCAGCAGUGGCAACGGCAGUGGCAGCAACAGUGGUGGCAGCAGAGGUGACGGCGGCAGUGAGUCCUCCUGGGGAUCCAGUUCCGGCUCCUCCUCCGGCAACCACGGUGGGAGCGGCGGAGGAAAUGGACGCACCCCUGGGUGUGAAAACCCAGAGAAUGAAGCCCGCGGGACCGGGGGAUCUGGGGUUCAGGACUACAGAGGACAGGGAGUUUCCAGCAACAUGAGGGAAAUAAGCAAAGAGGACAAUCGUGUCCUUGGAGGCUACCGAGACAAUAAUCAGAACUCGGAGACGUCUCCUGGGCUGUUUAACUUCGACACUUUCUGGAAGAAUUUUAAAUCCAAGCUGGGUUUCAUUAACUGGGAUGCCAUAAACAAGAACCAAGUCCCCCCGCCCAGCACCCGGGCCCUCCUCUACUUCAGCCGACUCUGGGAGGAUUUCAAACACAAAACUCCUUUCCUCAACUGGAAAGCAAUUACUGAGGGUGUGGACGCGACAUCACUGCAGAAGCGUUCAGGCAGCGCCGAUCAGCCAGGUGUAGGAUGGCAGGAGGUGGCAGCUGUAACUUCCAAGAACAACAAUUAUAACCAGAAUGCCUAUCCCACUGCCUAUGGUGGGCAGUACUCAGUCAAGACCCCUGCUAAGGGGGGAGUCCCGCCUUCUUCCUCAGCUUCCCGGGUGCAACCUGGCUUGCUGCAGUGGCUGAAGUUUUGGUAGACAAUUUCUUCCAACCACUACCAAGGCCCUGAAAAGCACUGGUCAUCAGGGAACUCCUCCCCUUGGCCCCCAGCCUGUGCCAGCCCUGGCUCGGCUGCUGCACACCCCCCUUUCCCAGGCUGGGGACCCGGCUUGUCUCUCCUGUUUCCUACCAUUGCACGGUGGUGCUUCAGUGACUGCCAGCCUCGUCAGCUACACCAGCCGCUUUCUCUACUUGCUCCAUUUUGUGACCUGAAGGCACUGUGACAGGUUUCCAGGAAGGAGGAGCUUCCGACUUUUGAGUUUCUCUGUGGAAAUAAAACAUGAAUCUUGUUUCC